AUGUCUUCCAACAGCGGUAAUGAACUAAGCGAUGCCCAACCGACAAAAGACAAAGAUGAUAAGGCAACUGACAAAGCUAUUGAACACAUCGAUCUGGGAGAAAUGACCACAGAAGGGGUUGCUCCUGACCGAUUUGAGGACAAGUUUCGCGCCACUAAGUGGGAGAUCUGGGCAUACUACGCGUAG